AUGUCUGGAGAUGACGACUCGAGUGGCUGGCAGCUCACAGAAUCAGACCCAGGCGUGUUCACCGAGCUUCUGAAGACGCUGGGAGUUCCGCUGGUGGUAGACGACCUAUACUCGCUCGAUGCUGCCUCCCUCGCCGAGUUGCAACCUCUUCAUGCCCUCAUAUUUCUAUUUAAAUGGGUCCCUUCGACAGCAGAGCCCUCAGGUGGCCAGUUCGACACCGACUUCCCCGGUUUCUUCGCUCACCAGGUAGUCAACAACGCGUGCGCCACGCUUGCCGUCAUGAACGCGAUCGGGAACAUCCCCGGGCUGCCCAUGAGCACGCAGCUCACGGACCUCAUUGGAUUCACGACGGGCAUGGACGCGCAGACGCGCGGCAUGGCCAUCACCAGCUCGGACUGGCUCAGAGAGGCGCAUAACGCACUGUCCCCUCCCUCUGCAAUCUCGCUGGACGGCCUUGGUCUGCCCAAGACAUCUGAAGAAGCGUACCAUUUUAUUGUCUAUUUGCCAUCUAUGGGCUGUGUGUAUGAGUUGGACGGACUUAAGGCCAACCCGGUGCGACAUGGAGCCUAUGAAGAGAGUGGAGAAGGAUGGGUAGCGAAGGCGAGAGAGGUCAUCGAGGCACGGAUAGCGACAUAUCCACCAGGUUCACUCGAGUUUAGUCUGCUUGCGGUACAUGAAGACCCGCUACCAACUCUCCAGGCGCAGCUUGCACAGCUUCAUGCCGCAGGCAAGCAGUCAGAAGCCGCGGAGCUCAUAGUCAAGCUCUCAGUCGAGAACUCAAAACGCGAGCGCUGGGCCUUCGAGAACAGCCUCCGGAGACAUAACUACGUUGGACUCAUCCACGCACUCCUCUUGGCUCUCGCGAAGUCAGGUAAUUUAGACGCUGCGAAAGAAGGCGCAAAGACAAUGAUGCAAGAGCGGAUCCAGAAGAGAAAAGAGCGGGGGGACAGCACGAUGGACGAGGACUAA